GUCGAAUCACAGAAACCUGGACAAGGCAUGAGUAUAUCCGAUGCUUUAAACCACGGACAAGUCGAUCUUCAAAGAGGUCUCUAUAAGUUGCCAGAUGGGACGUACAUCAGUAUUGCUGAAGCGUAUCAAAAGGGAUACCUUAUCUAUAAUGAGAUUAUCAAAAUUAAAUCGAGUGCUUUGUCUUUGUCUGACGCGAUUACUCAAGACUUAGUCGAUAACUCUGGUUGGAUUCUGGACAGAAAUUCUGGCGACAGAUUCCAAUUAGACGUGGCUAUAAAAAAUGAACUAAUAAACCCAUACGUAAGGGAGGUUGUAGACCCUCAAAACGAUACUAAAGUCACGGUUGCUGAAGCUAUUGAAAGAAACAUAAUUAAUACUAAACAUUCUAAGUACGUUCAUAAUAUUACUAAGGAAAGAAUGACAUUUAAAGAUGCAGCAAGUAAACGCUUUAUUUGUAAACCGAUGACCUUAAAGGACAUUUGUGAUAAUAAUCUUAUGACUAAUGAUGGUAAAAUAUUGUCUCCAACUAAUAGGGCUCAUUUGAAUAUACUUGAAGCUAUUUCUGUAGGUGUCCUUGAUAGUGAUAGUGUUAAAUGUAUUACGGAUACAAAGACAGGACAGUUGUUAACAUUAUCGGAAGCGUUGGGUGCUAAAAUUAUUCUUCCCGAUAACAAAUUCAGGGACAACUUAACCAGUGAAAUCUGCACUAUUCCUGAAGCAGUAGACCGUGGCCUUAUUACUUCUGUAUCACAGAGAUCUAUUUUCGACAUCGAUGGCUUCAGAGAUCCUAAAACUGGUGAAUUUGUGUCUUUCAAUGUAGCUAUGAGUAAAGGUAAUUUAAAGUUUGCAAAUGGUGAGACCUUCCUUAAAGCAGAAAGCGGAGAUUUCGUGUACCUAGAAGAUUGCACUAAGGUUUCCACAGUACGCCCUGAAGUACUCGAAAUGUUUAAUCGUAAAAUAGGGGUUUAUGACCACGGCAAAGAGCUUACCGUCCUAGAAGCAGUAUUUAAAAAUAUUUUAGAUCCACAAACGGGUUAUUUACUCGAUUCUAAGACAAAGAAACCCAUUCCGUUUAACAAAGCUGUAGAAAUCAACAUGAUAACACCUGAAGGUGCUGCUUUGUUGAAUUCUCUUUUGAACAUAACACUCACAUUGCAAACUGUUACUAAGACGGUAAAACGGUACGUUACAGUAACGAACACUGGUGCGUCUCAAAGAGCUGAGACUAUAAUAACGUUUGCGGAAGCUGUUAAACGUGGCCUUAUAGAUGAAACUACGCAAACAUUUACAGACCCUACUACAGGAACAGUGUUUCCAAUACAACAAGCCUUAGACGAUGGUUUAUUAGGUGUAGAAAAAGAUGAAAUGCGUGUAGUACAAAUUUCUGACCGCACUACAAAGAAAGAUUUACUACCUGGUCAGGUAGUUGAACUUAAAAUUACAAAAAAAUCCUUUAUCAAAGAUAUGCCGCUCAGUCCCGAAAGUAAAGUCCAAUAUGACAGCAGACCCGAGACUGUCAAAAGCCCUGAUUAUGCUAUUCGUGAAACGAGUAUCCCCCGUGAAGGUUUAAUGAAAGAAAUUAGAACAGUAACCUCAAAAUCUAUUGCAACCGAACCGUCUGUAACGUCGUUAACUAUAAAGAAAAACACUAUUGAGCUACCUCGUGGUGGCUGGACACUCAAAGAAGCGAUACAGCAAAACCUUUUCGAUCCUGACACAGGAAUGUUUAAAAUCCCUGGUACAGAUAGAGUUCUUGAUCUGGAAGAAGCUUUAAAACUUAAUAUCAUAAACCCAGACUCGGCUAAUGCAAUUGAUCCUAAUACAAAGAAAGAAAUUCCUCUUAACAAAGCUUUACAACUUCGUAUUUUAGACAACACAGGACAUUACAAAUAUUCUACUAGAAAAAUCACAAUGAAAGAGGCGAUCGAUCGUAGUUAUAUUAUUUUCGUACAAUUGACUACACCCACAUCUUUACAAAAAGUCAUUACUAUUACCUCUGUAGCCGGUAUGCCUGAUAAGAUGGAGAUUUCGGAACUCCAAUCGCCACUUGAAACAAGUUCCGAAGAUCAAACUGCUUUCGAACCUGUUCAAGUAGCUCAAGGCGUUAUUUAUGAUCCCGCUACAGCGCUAGUUAUUUGUACUACUACUGGAGUGUCUGAGAAUAUUGUAGAAGCGGUCAACCGCGGUGUAGUGCCUUCCGACACAGUCAAAGUUAUCGAACCCCAGACAGGUACGCAAAUAGCAUUACAACAAGCAUUGGAUAGAGGUAUAAUUGACAAGAAAUCAGGACAUUACAAAGAUAAGUCAGGAAAGAAAAUCAGUUUAGCAGACGCCGCCAAAAUAGGCCUUAUUGCGGUAGUGGGCGCUCCUUUGAUGGCUGCAUCUAAAGUGAUUCAAGUUGUAAAAAGUACAAUGGUUGUAGACCCGAACACUGGAGAGAAAUUGCCUAUGGAGGUAGCUUACGAAAGAGGUUUAGUUGAUCCUGUAACGUAUAAGCAGUAUGAGGAUUCAAUUAGGGAGAAGACGCCUGAAACAGAUUUUAUUCAGCAAGGCACUAGUACUGUAACAUUUUCUCAAGUCACCAAACCUGUUUCAGUAGGAGCAGCUGUGUCUGAAGGCUUCAUUACAGUAGAGUCCAUUCAGAGCAGUAUAGCAUCUGAUAACAGAAAAGUCAUUGGUACUGCAAUAGAUAAGACCAAGACACAUCCACCUAAUGUAGUGCAAAUCACCAAGACUCAAACGACUACUAAACCGAAAUAUAAUAUUCACAUAGCAAAAGAACGCAUUAUAGAUACUCAGGUACUUGAUACAAAGCCAGUCGUUCUACAAAAGCUUAGAAAGCGUGUAGUGCUUCCUUUAGAAGCUGUUGAAAAGGGUAUGAUCGACAAAGAUACUGCUAAAAUUCUAGAGGCAGUAAAAAAUUACAAAGACGAAAAUGGAGCACCGAUUACACUUGAAAUAGCGAUUGAAAAGGGUUUGAUAGAUGAAAAUAAGGGAAAAAUUGUCGACCCACUUCACGGUGAUACAAUUAGUAUUAAAGAAGCUAUUGAUAGAGGAAUUUUAGAUGGUGAAGGACAGGAUGAAGUAUUAAUUCCAUUAGCUAAGAGUUUAUCUAUUCCAGAAGUCCUUGAGCAGGGUCUUUUAGACCCGGCUACGGGAAAAAUAAUUCAUCCUGAAACCGGUAGUCUUUUAAGUAUUAGAGAAGCAAUUAUUUGUGAAAUAAUUGACCCAUUGUCUUGUAUUACUAUCGCGCCUGGUCAGAGCAUAACUCUAGCUGAAGCUAUUAACCGCAAUAUCCUUGAUAAUGACAAGAAUAUUAUAAAGACCAGUGAUGGGUCAUUAGAUAUAAUAACUGCUGUAAAUGCACAAAUUUUCCCAGAGCCAGAAAUUGUCAAACCUAUUGAAGAUAUACCUCCUGCGGGUAUGACUUUGACUACUGCUAUUAAACAGAAAAUAAUCGAUCCUACGACAGCAGAAAUAAAACAUCCACUUACAGGAGAAAGAAUUCCUAUUAAGGAAGCAGUCGCUAAGGACUUAAUUAUGUCGAUCCCGUAUCCGCAAUCGUUGCAUACUAUGAUAUUACAAGAAGCGUUAGAUAAUGGUGCUGUAAACCUGAAAGAAGGUACUUUUACCGAUCCUAAAACUAAGGAAAUCGUUUCUCUGGAGAAAGCAAUGGAACAAGGUUUGUUGGCUGUGAAACCAAACUCUGAAAUAAUGCAAGCAAGCGGAGUUGUAACUACCAUUACUGAAACAUUUACAUCUCAACAUACAAUCACGGCUAAAAUGAUCAAUCUUUUGCCUGAUUAUGUCUUAGUAAGUGCACAUGUGGUGCAAAAUAGAAACACUGGAGAAAAAAUGUCCAUAACCGAAGCGCGUCAGAAAGGCAUUGUAAAAGACGAGCAAGAAAGCAAAGUGCAGUUUAUUAAAAGUGACACUAACAUUACCUUUGAAGAUGCACUUAACCUUGGGUAUAUCAAUAUUGAAGAAGGUACAUUUACCCACCCUAACACAGGAGAGACAAUAACUAUUUCAGAAGCAGUCAGCACUGGAAUAUUGAAUACUGAAGUGCCAAAAGACACUGGAAAAGUAUCGCCUACAAAAAUGAACACAGAUACGUUGGACCUGAAUGAUGCAUUUGAAUAUCUCUUCGAUGAAAAUACGCAGAAAUUCAGAGAUCCAAAAUCCCCGAACAAGCAACUGACGUUCAACGAAGCCCUUGAAAAGAAACUUAUCAAUCCUGAUUCAGUGAUAUACGAUGUUAUAUCUGGAAAACCUGUAACUGUUAAAGAGGCAGUUGACACAGGACUUAUUGACAAAAAGACGGGAAAAUACAUGGAACCCAAGACAGGUAAAUCUGUCGAUAUUAAGAACGCUGCUAAGAUGGGACUAAUUGCUAUAGUAGCUGCUCCGAUAUUGGCUGGUGCUGCCGCUGUACAAGGAGUGAAAUCUGUUGCCAGUAAAAUAAUGAAACCUAAGCAAGAUGCUGUGGUGACUGCGGCACCAAGCCGGGUCGAUAAAGUAACGAAAUUUGGGAAUAUUGAAGUUAAAAGAGAAAAAGACAAGUCAACGAUUGGCUCUGAAGUAACUCCUAAGCCAGCUAAGAAAUAUGAAACUUUCCAAAAAGCUGCUCCCAUCCCACAAACGGAAUCUAAAAUAAUUACAGAAAAAGAAAAAUCGAAAUCCCCUACGAAAGAAAAUGUCCCAAAGGUGAAAGAUGGCACUCUUAGAACGCCAGUGGAACAAAAGUUACCGAGACCUGAUGAUAGCCAAAGUGGCUACGAAAAGAAAACAGUUAUUUCAGAAACAGUAUCGUCACAAGAACCAAAACUUAUACAUACUAAAGAAAAGAAACAGAGUUCAGAAGGCGCGAAAUUCCAAAAAGAGGUCGAAGAAAAACCUAUCAUUCAAGAAUUUAGGCAAACAAUGCCUGAAGGUGAUCAAAUUACAACUAUUAUUAAGAAAACUGUUACUACAAGUGAACCUACUGAGUAUACCACUGAACAUACAAGUACUAUUGUUACUACAACUUCUACCACAUCUCAAUCUGACACUGCAAAAUAUGUUGUAACCGAAAUAAAUGAACCUUCUCAACUGGCUGAGAAUUUAGCUCCUCGUAGAGACGAAGCAGGUAUUGCCUAUUCUAAAAGUAAAGAACGAAGUCCACUUAGAGACGAAACUAAAGUGGUAGAAAGCAAACCAAUUAUCGAAGAAUAUCGACAUACAACUCCCGAAGGUGAGGAAGUUACAACAAUUGUUAAAACGAUCAUCUCUAAAUCAGAUCCUUCAGAAAUUGUUACAGAACAUACUAGCACAGUCAUCACUAAGGAAUCAAAAGUAACCACUGUUGAAAUUACUCAAAACGAAUCAACGUCUUAUAAAGUCAUAACCGAAGAAUUUGCUGGACCUUUUGAUUCUACUGAGACUACCAUCAAUCAAUAUACUAUAGAAUACACCGAUUCUGACCAAGCCGAUAAAGUACCCACUAACAACCAAGUUUCAGAAAAUAAAGUAGUACAAAAAUCAAUUAAAAAAACAAUAUCGCCGAGUAAAGAAAUAAGUCCGGAGACAAAAACUUGUAAAAAAGAGCCUGAUUUUGUAAAGGAUAACAUUGCCCCUAAGCAAAAGACUCCUCCAGGUGACUGUGAAGAAAUUGAUAAUACAUCUAAACCUGUUGAAGUAGCACCUGGUGUUAUUUACGAUCCUGACACGUCUGUUGUUAUUUCCUCUACCUCUGGAGUUUCGUGUGAUAUUCUGCAGGCUGUAGACAAAGGAAUAAUACCUUCCGACAGCAUAACUAUUACAGAUCCUAAAUCUGGUCAAAAGCUAACUCUCAAACAAGCUAUAGAAAAAGGAAUCGUUGAUAAAAAAUCUAGUAAGAUUAAGGACAAGUCGGGUAAAAAGAUUAAAUUUGCUGAUGCAGUCAAAUUUGGACUUGUCGCAGUUGUUGGAGCACCAGUUUUGGCUGCUUCUAAGAUCAUUGAUGUGGUUAAGAGUGCUGUUGUGACUGACCCUAAAACGGGAGAGAAAAUGCCUUUAGAUAAAGCCCGAGAAAGAGGUCUUAUUGACCCUGCAACAUAUAAGCAAUAUAAGGAAGAAAUUAAACAAACACCAACUGAACACAAAGUAACAGUAGCUGAAGCUACUGAACGUACUUCUAAAGAAGUUGAUGGUAAAACUAGCUCAGCCAUGUUAUUAGACGCUGAGAGGCAACCUCUAAGAGUAAUCGACGAGAUUACAGAACAAAAUGUAACUAAAAUAAAAUCGGAACCUGUCAAAGUUCUUUACGAAAAUAUCCUUUUAAUAGACGCAAUUCAACAAAACAAAAUUGAACCUAAAGUUUGUAGGAUUAUUAUCAACGGGAUUGAAUCUCCUUUAACGGUUCAGGAUUCAUUAGAACAAGAACAAAUUAGUAAGUUUGCUCCAGUUGACAUCGUGAAUAAGAACUGUGUGAUUGUAAAAAUGACCAAACCAAAAUACUUUGUUGCAAUUUCUCAAAAACUUACUCCGGAAGAACUGUCUGAAAUGGGUAUCUACGAUAUUGAGAAACAAUGUUUUUUGAACCCCGAUACUGGUGCUAAAAUUAGUUUUGAAGAACUUGUUUAUGCUUUACAUAUUUUCGAUCCAGAGUCAAUUUUAGUCAAAGAUUUAGGUUCCAAAUCAGAUAACUAUAUUUCAUUCGACGAAGCCAUAGCGAGACCAAUAAUCGAUAGGAUAACGGGACAUAUGGUCAACCCUAGGACGGGUAAACGUGUGCCUUUUGCAGAAUGCGUACAGCUAGGAUGGAUAGUUGAACGACCAGAUGAUGUGUCGGUCAGUGAACAAGUUUCUAUAGAUUUCGCUUUAGAAAAGGGCUUAUACAAUCCUAAAACGGGAGAAAUUAAAGACGUAAAUACUGGAGUAUUAGUGCCCAUAGGUACAGCUAUCGAAAAAGGGCUUGUAGACCAUGAAUCUUUGUAUAUCAAAGUGCCUCAUACAAAUGAAAAUGUUCCAUUGUCAGAUGCUAUCGAGCGCGGUAUAGUAGAAAUUCAUGAAGGUGUGAUAACAAUAGUUGAAACACAUGAGGUCAUUGAAAUAUCCCUUGCCAUUCAGCACGGAUUGAUUGCAGUUACUAGAAGACCUGUUUCCAUCGCUGCUGUAAUUAAGAACGAUUUAUAUGAGCCAAAAUCAGGCAAGAUCAAAGACAAAGUAACCGAUCAAUUAGUUACAAUAAAAGAUGCAGUUGAUAAGAAUAUUGUGCAUCCAACUAUUUCUGAAAUUAAGGAUACAGUGACGGAAAAAUUUGUGUCCUUAUCUGAAGCCCUUGACACUAAAUUAAUUCAUCCAGAAACUGGAAAAGUUAAAGACAAAAAGACUGGUAAAACUAUUCCAUUGGACGAUGCUUUAAAGAAAGGUCUAGUGGGAACUAAAGAUGUAACGUUCACUUUGUUUGAUAUUAUUGAAUUAGGAUAUUAUUCUCCAGAUUCUUGCCAAGUUUUGGACCCCAAAACGGGCAAAACUGUAACGGUAGGCAAAGCUAUUAAACAUAAACUUAUCGACACCUCUGAUGUUAAAAUAAAAGAUGACGAGUCUGAAGCGGUAAUACCUUUCGACCAGGCCGUGACAUCGGGUCUUAUUGAUUUAGACAAAGGGAUUCUUACUUCUCCUGUAUGUAACCUAAAAGAAGCUAGCGAGAAAGGUUACCUGCUCAGUGACAAGAAACCUUGGACCUUACAAGAAGGUCUAGUGCAAGGUAUCUAUGACCCUGAAACUGGUCUUUUAACUAUCAACGGCAUUACUAUGACCUUAGACGAAGCUAUCAAAGGAGGCAAUAUUAAUCCAGAAGCCUUAUCGGUUAGAAACUCCUUCACGGGAGAAAUAAUUACACUUGCAGAUGCUAUCAAAGCAGGUAUCAUUGAUUCUAAAGAAGGCAAAGUCAGAGAUCCAAUCCAAGGCGAUAAGAUCUCCUUCACAGAUGCGUCGGAGCGUGGCUUAAUAGUACCCGCCAAGCGUAAACUUAGCUUACCAGAAGCAGUAUUCAAAGGUUUUUACGACCCUAAAACGGGCAAAUUCUCACACCCGCAAAGUAAAGAAAAAGUACCUACUGACAGGGCUAUUAGAAAACGUAUGUUAGAUCCACAGUCAACUCUAGUACAUGUCGGGGGGAAAGUUAUUCCGUUCGAAUUUGCGGUUGACAAAGGUAUUGUCGAUGGCAGGACGGGAACUAUUGUUUUAGGAGAUGAGAAGGUAGAUUUCCGAGAAGCAUUCGAGAGAGGAAUUUUAGUUGAAGUCCGCAAACCUUUGUCGCUUAUAGAAGCAAUUGAAAAAGGCGUUUAUAAUGAAAUUACUGGAUUAUUCUUAGACCCUCAGAGCGGUAAGAAAUAUACUCUCGCUGAAGCAAUCAGGCGUCACUUAAUCGAUCCUCAUUCAGUUCAUAUUCAAGACAAUAGAUUAGGCAAAUGGGAUACUAUUACACUUCCAGAAUCCAUUGAGACGGGAGUCUUAAACGAUCAGUCAGGCAAGAUUAGAAACAUAAACAGUGACAAUGAAGAAAUCAGUCUCCGUAAGGCCUUUGAAAUAGGUUUGCUUGUUGAUAGCAAAGCGCCUAUUAGUCUGCAAAGAGCGUUACACCAAGGCUUGUAUGAUGAUGCUACAGGUAAAAUUAUUGACCCAGCUACGAACCGUAAGAUCACUCUUCAUGAAGCACUUAGAAGGUCUAUCAUCAGUCCCAAAUAUCUCUGCUAUUUUGAUAAAAAAUCAGAAAAGCCUUUGACUCUAACUGAAUGCUGUCGUAGUGAAAUUAUCGAUAGACGAAGUGGUAAAUUCCGCGAACCAGGCUCAGACGUUCAAAUCCCUUUGUCUGAAGCUAUGAGUUUAGGUUUAAUCGUCGAUAUCGAAAGUGCAGGCUUCACUUUGUACGAUGCACUAGCUAUGAACAUGUACGAUAUUACUGAACUUGUGUUUGUCCAUCCUGUCAAUGAGAGAAGAAUUUCUCUCCAAUCUGCAAACACUGAAGAACUUAUCAACCCCGAGACUUCGCUAGUCAAACAUCUUCCAUCAAACAAAUACAUUAAACUUAAUGAAGCUAUCCAAAAUGGGACUAUUGACGAUAAUAAUAGCGUCUAUGUUUUACCCAACGGUAACCAAAUUAACUUGGUAGACGCAAAGCACCGCGGUCUUAUUGUUACUACCAAGAAAAACUUAAAUCUUGAAGAAAUCAUUCGGAAUGGUCUAUUCAGAGCCGAUAACGGCAAAAUCGUUGAUCCCAGCACUAAUGAAUACGUAGAUAUUAACAAGUCAAUAGAAAUCGGUUUACUUAAUCCAGAUUCAACAGUUGUUAAAGAUAGUUUCACGAAUAAAUUUAAACCUUUGCCCAUUGCUAUACAGCAGGGUGACGUUGAUGUUAACAAAGGUAGAGUUCUUGAUACUAAAGCCAAGAAAACAUACAGUUUAGAUAUUGCAUUCGAUAAAGGGCUUCUUGUAACUGUAAAUCAACCUUUAACUUCUCAAACUGUAACGAAACGUUAUGUACCCGAGUCGUCAGCCACAAAGGAGUCGGUGCUUAGAGAAUUUACAUUAGACGAAGCCAUUAAAUACGAAUUUAUCGACCCUGAAACAGCUUUAAUUAAAGAUCCGCAUAAAAAUAAAUACAUUCCACUAAAAUUAGGUAUAUCUGAAGGCAUAAUCGAUAAAAAUGCGAAAGGUUCUUUCGAUACACAGAGAUCUAAAACUUUGUGCUUCCUUUUCGAGAACGGUCUUAUUGUGUACGUACGUGAACCGCUAACGUUUGAGCAGGCGAUCGAAAAUGGACAUCUCAACAUCGUAACAGCUAGAUUUACUGAUCCACUUUCCAACGAAGUUCUAACCAUUAAAGACGCGGCCACUUUGGGUUACAUAGAUCCGGACACAGCACUUAUAAAAGAUAAUCUCAAAAAGAGAUUGGUAAAACUUCCCGAGGCAUUCCGUAAGGGCCUCAUGGACGCAGAAAAAGGCAACAUCUUAGACACUGAGACCUCUAAACUUAAUACGUUACAAGCAGCAAUUGAAAGCGGUCUUCUUAUUACACCUAAAAAGAGUUUCAGUCUGAUAGAAACACUUAACUUUGGAAUUUAUAAUCCGACUACUGGAGCUCUGAAUGAUCCGUUUAUAACGACAAGUGUCAUAGAUAGAAAGAGAUUAAGCUUAGGCGAGGCGAUUCAACAAGGAAUCGUUGAUCCAUCCAGCACAGUUGUUAAAGAACCCCAGACGGGAAAGAUAUGGCCAUUGGUUCAAGCGAUAGAACAAAAGCUAGUUGAUCCUGUCGCAGGAAGGCUGACCAUAGAUCCUGUAAAGAGCAUCAGUCUUGAUUUAGUCAAAGCUCAUAAAAAGGGAUACUUGCUGCCAGCAGAAACGAGGCAAGCAGUUGAAGAGAAAUACAGGCUAUGCGAUGAGACGUUGUCAAAAUUGCUGGAAUGGAUCGCCAUUGUUGAAGAGAGAUUGGCCAACCAAGAACCCGUCAAAGAAGAUCUGGACGAACUUCGCAACCAGAUUAAUAUUCUCAAGCUGAUCAAGGAUGACCUGGAGAGCCACCAACGGCAGGUGUCGUCUUGCGCCGACCAAGCCAAGCAGCUGCUUGUUUCUGGCGGUGAUGUGCUAGCUCCUCAUGAAGUGGCAGCUCUAGAACGCGGAGUGCGACAGCUGAAACAGCGUUGUGACAAGUGCACCGAGAAAUGUGACAAGAUGUUACGUAAGCUUGCCGCCGCCAGGGAUGAGCUUGGCAAAUUCUCCAACGAAUUAAACACCUUCAACACCUGGAUGGAAGGCGCUUACCGCACCCUCGAAGACAAAGAAUCCCAGCUGUCGAAGCUGAACAACCUGCCCAAUCAGAGCCAGGAAGUGCGCGAGUUUGUCUCUGACGUCAUCGCGCAUCAGGCCGAUUUGAGGUUCAUUACGAUGGCUGCGCAGAAGUUCGUUGAUGAGAGCAAGGAGUUCCUGAACGUGGUGAACGAGUACCGCACGUCGCUGCCGUCGCGGCUGUCGCACGUGCCGGCGCCGGGCGACAGCGCCGUGAGAGAAGCAGCCGCGCUGGCCAAGCGGCGCCACGCCGAGCUGGCUGCGCGCGCGCAGCGCCUGCACGAGCGCCUCCGCGGCGCCGCGCACGGCUCGCAGCACUACCACGACGCGCUGGACCGCGCCGACCGCUGGCUGAAGGAGAUCGAGCCACAAGCGCGCUCAGUGCUGUCUGAAGGCGUGGCCGGUGAACCACGCGCCGUGGAGUCCCAACUGUCCAGAGCCAAAGCGCUGCAUACAGAGAUCCUCGCGCAAGGACGACUUAUUGACAACGCCAAGGACGCCUGCGAUCAACUUGUAAAGUCGCUGGAAGGCAACCUGACUCCAUCAGAAAUCCGUCAGCUAGAAGUUCCAGUACUCGACUUAACCGCACGCUAUAAAGAUCUUGUUGGAGCGGUUGGAGCCCGAUGCAGUGAACUAGAGGGGGCGCUGCUGCAGUGUCAAGGUCUACAAGAUGCGGCUGAGGCGCAAGCCCAUUGGCUGGGACAGGCUGAGAAUGCUUUCAAGAACCAAUUCAAACCCGCCUCUCUUAUCCGCGAACGGCUCGAUGAGCAAGUGCGCGAGCAUCGCCUGGCGCAGAACGAGCUGGAGGCACGUCGACCUACGCUUGCCAAGCUCGUUAGCUCGGCCAGAGACGCUGCUUUGAACCCCAGUAAUGCUAGAAUAGCCAAGAAGUUGGAGCAACGCGCUGAAGAGAUUUACGCCAGAUACGAAAAGCUCCUGGAACGAUCGAUGAAGCGCAGCCAGUUCCUGGACGAGGUGUCGUCGGAGCUGGCGCAGUUCGCGCAGAAGGCCGCCCGCCUGGACGCGGCGCACGCGCAGCUGCUGGAGCAGGCCGACUCGCGCGAGCUGGCCCGGAUGCCCGCCGAGGAACUGCGGGCGCGUCUGUCCGACUUGGCUCAUUUCAGAGACAAACACUUGCCUCUGCUAGAAGAGUGCCUGCGCAUUGGCAAGCAGCUGAUCGCCAAGAAGGACGUCACCGACACCCACGCUGUCCGCGACAGGAUCAAGCAACUGGAGAACCAAUGGCGAGACUUUAAUUCUGCUCUUGAGGAGAAGCAGAAACUGUCCAAGCAGAGAGCUGAUCAGCUCAGCCAGUAUGAGGGAUUGAGGGCUCAGGUCUUAGAAUGGCUGCAAGCAAUGGAGAACCGCGUUGGCCGUCUGCAGCCGGUGGCUGUCGACCUGGACAUCAUGAAGCAACAGCAGGACGAAUUGAGACCCCUUACCAAGGAGUACAGAGAUUUCUCUGUUACUAUUGAAAAGGUGAACGAAGCAGGCGAGAUCUACGAAGCUCUUACCCGCGGCGACCGCGCUGACAGUCCGCACAGAAAGAGGCAAGUCUACAGCCCUACCAAGAGACAGACGCCCAUUCGCACCCUGGACGGACGAUCACCGUCACCAACAAAGGGCCACGGUCUGGUCAGUCCUGGAUCCACACAUUCCACAUCCAGCGGCUUCUCUUCGCGCCGUUCUAGCCAGGACGGCUUCCAUCUGGAAGAGCUAUCUCCUGUACAACAACAGCUAUCGGAGAUCAACAACCGUUACUCCCUGCUCGGAACGAAGUUGACCGAUCGACAGAGCGAACUGGACGCAUUGAGAGAGGAGCUUCGAAAGCACCUUGACUCUUGCAGACAGCUUAACCAGUUCCUUGAUAAGGUUCAAAGACAAUUGCCCAAAGAUUCAGUGCCAAACACGAAAGAAGAAGCCGAUAAGACCAUCAAGCAGGCUCGCGCUAUCCUUGAAGAGAUGUACGAGAAACAGAGCAUCCUAGAUUCUACUAAGACUCAGGUCCGAGAACUAGUGAAGCGCAAGCAAGGCGUGCAAGGUGCGGACCGGCUUCACAGUGAGAUGGAAGACGUCGCUUCGCGAUGGAAGGCGUUGCAUGAUGCUUUUAAGGAUAGGAUCCGUCUAAUGGAAGAGAUGAAGGACUUCCAUGACACCCACAUCAACCUAACUCAGUGGUUGAACAGCAAAGACCGAAUGAUGGCCGCUCUUGGACCUAUCUCGUCUGACUCGCGAAUGGUGCAGACCCAAGUUCAACAGGUACAAGUCCUCCGUGAAGAAUUCCGCAGUCAGCAACCACAACUGGCACAUCUCGAAGAAGUAGCCUCCGACAUACUGAGCAGACUCGAUCCGCGCUCGCCUGAUGCUGCCAAAUUGAAACAGAAGGUUAAAGACCUGCAAGACAGGUGGAAUGAUUUGUUGAACAAACUGGAAAAACGAGCGGAAAGUCUAGGUGCAGCGGCGGACACCUCACGAGAAUUCGACGCUGGACUGGCGAGACUGCGAGAUGCACUGCAGACCAUCAGCGAUAAGCUUGAUGAUGUCGCCUUGGAGAAAGAGCCUGACGAACAGCUCAGGAAAAUUGAGAAUCUAGAACGCCAGCUCGAAGGUCAACGUCCUCUCCUUGCGGACCUGGAAUCAGCUGGUGCAACCCUCGCAACCGUUCUGUCUGAUCCUGCCUCCCGCCAGGACAUCCAGAGUAAGCUGGCAGCAGUUGCCAGACAGUAUGAUAACUUGCAGAGGAAACUUGACCACAGGAAGGCUGAGAUUGAAGCUGCUCUUAAGGAUGGCCGCAACCUAGAAGAAACUGUAGCCAAAACUCUAGGCUGGCUCCAAUCCGAGCUGGGAGCUCUACCAGGUCGUCUUCAAGUAUCAGCUGACAGCACAAAGCUUCAACAGCAGCUGGAUAAACACGAGCCGCUAUAUCGCGAUCUAACUAAGCGCGAGCAUGAAAUAAUCAUGUUACUCGAUAAAGGUCGUGAAAUGGAGAAGAAACCAGCACACCAGGGCCUGCGCAAGGACCUGGAUCGGAUCCAGACGCAGUGGGAGAAACUCAAGCGGGAGACAGUCGACCGCCACACCAGAUUGCAAACCGCUAUGGAACAUUGCCGUAAAUACAGCAAAGCGCAAGAAUCCUUCCUCCCGUGGCUGUCCAGCGCUGAAGACAGACUCGCCAAGCUACCAGCCGCCGCUUUUACUAAGAAAGAAGUCGAGAAGCAGCUUAGAGAGCUGCAGCAGAUCAGAAAUGAUAUUUGGAAGAGAUCUGGUGAAUACGAGAACAACAAGACCCUCGGCGAGACAUUCAUCUCGGCGUGUGAUGUUGACCAGGAGAUCGUACGCAAGCAGCUUGACAGCAUGAAGGAGCGUUGGGACCGACUUAACAACGAAGUCCUUCACCAAGUGGAGUUCCUAGAGUCGACGGCGCGCAAAUUAGGCGAGUUCGCAGAAAAGGUGCGCGCAGUCGAAACACCACUGACAAGGUGCGAGGAGAGGCUGCAAGACGCACUGGCGGCGCCGCCGGCGAUGGCCGCUGAGGCUGUGGCCAGGAUUGUCGACCAAAUACACGCGCUGAAAGCACCCUUGCAGAGCAUCAACUCGGCGGCCGACGACAUCGUGACGCUGGCGCUGGAGUGCGCCGGGCCCGACGCGUCGGCGCGCGCGCGCCACGUGCUGGAGGAGCAGGCGCAGGCGCUGGGCGACCGCGUCGACGACCUGGAGGCGCGUGCCGGCGAGGCCAAGGACCGCCUGGCCGGCGCCGCCGUCGCCAUGCAGCAGUUCCAGGAUAAAGUGAAGUCUCUAUCCCACGACCUCUCGGACCUGGACAAAGAACUGGACGCAAUGAAGCCUCCAGGCCGUGACAUCAAAACAGUCAAACAACAGCUGGAUGACAUUGGUCGUUUCUACAAGCGGCUGGAGAAAGCCGACGACCUUGUUGGACUCACGGAAAGAGCUGCAGAGAGCCUUAUUGACAGUGGACACUCUGUGGACUCUGCUAAGACCAGGGAUCAGGUGGAAGGCUUGCGCAAGCAACUUGCCAAACUGGAUGAACGCGCUCGCGCCAAGGAACAAGAUCUGGACGACACUUUGAGCAAACUCGAGGCCUUCUAUAAGGCUUAUGACUCAGUUAUGGAGGAUGUCCAAGAGGCCGCCGAACAAGUACGCAGUCUGAAACCAGUAUCCUCAGAAGUGGAACAGAUCCGAGCCCAACAGAAGGACUUCGCCGAACUCAAGAGGAGAACUCUUGAACCAUUGGGACAGAAUGUAGCGCAUUGCAACAAGAUCGGACAGGGAUUGGUCAGGUCGGCGCUGCAGGGAGUCUCGACACAACAGCUUGAGAAGGACCUUGAAAAGAUGAAUGAUAAAUGGAAUGCUCUUAAGGAGAAGAUGAACGAACGUGAGCGUCGUCUAGACGUCGGUCUAUUACAAUCCGGAAAGUUCGCCGAAGCUCUAGCCGGACUAGAAAAGUGGUUGGCAGAUACAGAAGACAUGGUCAAUAACCAGAAACCACCUUCCGCUGAUUACAAGGUCGUGAAGGCACAAUUGCAGGAACAGAAGUUCCUCAAGAAAAUGCUAAUGGAUCGGCAAAAUUCGAUGUCGUCUCUAUUCGCGAUGGGCAAUGAAGUGGCUGCAGGCUGCGAGCCAGGAGAGCGUAAGGCGAUUGAGAAGCAGCUCAAGGGCCUGAUGCAGAGGUUCGACGCACUCACCAACGGCGCACAGCAGAGAAUGCUGGAUCUAGAACAGGCUAUGAAGGUCGCGAAACAAUUCCAAGAGCAACUCCAACCUCUACUGGAAUGGCUCGAUACCACAGAACGAAAGGUGAAGGGACUGGAGCUCGUCCCCACAGACGAGGAGAAGAUUCAACAGAAGAUAAGGGAGCACAAGAUUCUCCACGACGACAUCUUAUCCAAACAACCACCUUUCAAGCAACUGACGGAAACGGCGCAAAUUCUCAUGGGUCUGGUCGGAGACGACGAGGCGGCUGCUCUUGCUGAUAGACUGCAGGCCGCUACAGAUAGGUAUCAAGCUCUGGUAGACCACAGCUUGAACGUCGGUGAACUCCUCGACAACUCUCGCAAAGGCCUCCGUCACCUCGUCCUCACUUACCAGGACCUCUCGGCGUGGAUGGAUGGCAUGGAACAAUACUUGGCCAAGCGGAAGAUCCUGCCUGUGCACAUGGAUAAGUUGUUGAGGCAGAUGGAUGAGUUGGCUGAAAAAACGGAAGAAAUAGCCUCCAAACAAGAACCCGUCGACAGCACUGUGGAAGCAGGCCUUGAACUAAUGAAGCAUAUCUCAGGAGAUGAAGCCUUGCAGCUGAAGGACAAGCUAGAUGCGCUACAGAGGAGAUACAAUGAUCUAACUUCAAAGGGCGCUGAGUUGCUUCGUAUCGCUUCAGAGACCCUGCCAUUGGUGCAACAGUUGUAUAGUAACCAUAACAAGCUGUCAGAAUGGAUGUCAGGUGCUGAGUCGUGUCUGCAGUCAGUUGAACCUCGCGAGGAGGACAUCCUUCGUCUCGAAGCUGAACUGCAAGAGUUCAGAUCAGUGCUUGACGCUAUCAACUCUAUUGGGCCACAGCUAUGCCAGAUCUCACCCGGCGAAGGUGCAGCGCACAUCGAGGGUAUCGUGACUCGCGAUAACAGACGCUUUGAUGCUAUCGCCGAGCAAGUGCAGAGGAAGGCGGAAAGAUUGCUGCUUAGCAAGAAGCGCUCGCUGGAGGUGGUGGGCGACAUGGAGGAGCUGCUGGAGUGGCUGCGCUCGGUGGACGCGCAGCUGCGCGACGCCGAGCCGCCGUCGUGCGAGCCGGCGCUGGUGCGCGCGCAGCUCAAGGAGCAGCGCCCGCUCAACGACGAGGUGGCGGCGCAGCGCGUGCGCGUGCGCGACCUGCUCGGCCAGGCCAAGAAGGUUCUCCGCGAAUGUCAGUCAUCUGAAGAAACAGCAGUUAUCCGUGACCGUAGUGAAGAACUCAAGGAGAUGAUGGAAGAGGUCGGUCAACUCAGCGCUGAGAGACUCGCCGCUCUUGAACAGGCACUGCCUCUGGCUGAGCACUUCGCUGAUACUCAUCACGGCUUGUCCUCGUGGCUGGACGAUAUGGAGAAACAGAUCCAGAUGCUGGCUAUGCCGGCGCUGCGCCCCGAGCAGAUCGCCCAGCAGCAAGAUAAAAACGAGAUGCUGCAACAAUCGAUCGCCGGGCACAAGCCACUUGUCGACAAGCUGGUGAAGACCGGCGAAGCGCUCUCUCGCCUCUGCGGAGAUGAGGACGCCGCCAAAGUACAGGACAUCGUAGAUCAAGAUUGCGAACGAUACAACGCGUUAAGAGCCGAGUUAAGGCAGAGACAACAGCAGCUUGAACGGGCUCUGCAAGAGUCCUCGCAGUUCUCUGACAAGCUGGAAGGUAUGCUGCGGGCGCUGGCCGGCGCCGCUGAUCAGCUGCAGCACGCGGAACCUGUCUCUGCACAUCCACCUAAGAUCGAGGACCAAAUCGAAGAGAACAACGCUCUAAUCGAAGACCUGGAGAAGCGUACAGAGGCGUACAACGCGGUGCAACGGGCAGCGAGUGACGUCAUCAGCAAGGCGAACAAGAGCGAUCCAGCUGUUAGAGACAUUAGGAACAAGCUGGAUAAACUCAACAAACUAUGGGACGAAGUACAAAAAGCAUCUUCGGAUCGAGGUCAGUCCCUGGAAAGCGCUCUGGACGUAGCCAAGCGCUUUUGGCAACAGCUGAACGCGGUGAUGGCUACCCUGGCCGAGCUGGAAGAUACGCUGUCUGCACAGCCUCCACCCGCCGCGCAGCCGCGCGCCAUCCAGGCGCAGCAAGUCGCCCUGCAGGAGAUCAGGCACGAGAUAGACCACACCAAACCGGAGGUUGAGAAAGUCCGAAAGACUGGCUCCACCCUCAUGUCACUAUGCGGCGAGCCAGACAAGCCAGAGGUGAAGAAGCAUAUGGAAGACCUGGAUAGCGCUUGGGAUAACAUCACGGCGCUCUAUGCGAGACGAGAAGAAAACUUAAUUGAUGCUAUGGAGAAGGCUAUGGAGUUCCAUGACACGUUACAGAACCUCCAAGAAUUCCUGGACAAAGCAGAAGACAAGUUCUCCCGCAUGGGCCCACUCGGUUCCGAUAUCGACGCAGUGAAACGACAGAUUUCUCAACUCGCUGCCUUCAAGCAGGAGGUCGACCCUCAUAUGGUCAAGGUCGAAGCUCUUAACAGGAACUUAAUAAGACAAGCUCAAGAACUAACGGAGCGCACGUCAUCAGAACAAGCAGCCGCUAUAAAACAGCCACUGACAGAAGUGAACGCGCGCUGGUCAGCGCUGCUUAGAGGCAUGGUUGAAAGGCAACAACAACUCGAAAGGGCUCUACUGAGACUUGGCCAGUUGCAACACGCUUUGAGAGAAUUGCUGGCUUGGAUACAACACACUUCUGACACUUUGGAUACUCUGACACCUGUGGCCGGCGACCCUCAAAUCCUGGAAGUAGAGCUAGCGAAGCUCAAAGUCCUCGUAAAUGACAUCGCAGCGCAUCAAGCAAGCGUGGACACGCUCAAUGAAGCGGGCGCGCAGAUCGUCCAGCAGGGUACGGGCACCGAGGAGGCUGGCGAGACAGCGGAGAAGCUGGCAACACUAAAUAAGAAAUGGCGUGAACUACAACAGAAAGCCAGAGACCGACAAAGCGAGCUCGAGGACGCUCUAAGAGAAGCCCAGAGUUUCAACGCAGAAAUCGGAGAUCUCCUUUCGUGGCUCUCCGAGGUUGACAGUGUGAUUGCGGCGUCUAAACCCGUGGGUGGUUUACCUGAGACCGCUUCGGAACAACUGGAGAGAUUCAUGGAAGUGUACAACGAGAUCGAAGCGAACCGUCCUAAGGUGGAAGCAGUGCUGCAACAAGGCCAGGAAUACCUGAGGAGGCAGGAGAAACCAAACCCAACCUCGCAGUUGCAUCAUAAUCUGAAGACUUUGAAGUCCAGAUGGGACAAUGUUACUGCCAGAGCAUCGGACAAGAAGAUCAAGCUCGAAAUAGCUCUGAAAGAAGCGACCGAGUUCCACGAUGCCCUGCAAGCCUUCGUCGACUGGCUUACCAGUGCCGAGAAGACUUUGACGUCGGCCAAACCUGUUUCUAGGGUCAUGGAGACUUUGCUUACACAAAUCGAAGAGCACAAAUCCUUCCAAAAGGAAGUCUCGACUCACCGCGAGACGAUGCUCCACCUGGACAAGAAGGGAACUCACCUGAAGUACUUCAGUCAGAAGCAGGACGUCAUACUGAUCAAGAACUUGCUGGUGUCCGUACAACAUCGGUGGGAGAGGGUGGUGGCCAAGGCCGCGGAGAGGACCAGAGCCUUGGACCAUGGCUUCAAGGAGGCGAAGGAGUUUAGUGACAUGUGGAAUAAUCUCAUGAACUGGCUGAAGGACACAGAGAAACAACUCGACGAACUCAAUUCGGAAGCAACGGUCAACGACCCUGACAAGAUUAAGCAGCGUCUUAACAAACAUCGCGAAUUCCAGAAGGCACUUGCUGCUAAACAACCCGUCUAUGAUCAGACAAUGAAGACUGGUAAAAAUUUGAAAGACAAGGCGCCAAAGGGCGAUGAACCGACUUUGAAGAACAUGCUUACUGAUUUGAAGAGUAAAUGGACUACUGUAUGUUCGAAGGCUGUGGAUAGACAACGCAAGCUAGAAGAAGCCCUUCUCUACUCCGGACAGUUCAAAGACGCGAUGUCCGCUCUGCUGGACUGGCUGAAGAAGCAGCAGAAGCAGUUGUCUGCGGACUCGCCUGUGCAUGGAGACCUCGACACUGUCAUGGCGCUUAUUGAACAGCAUAAGCAAUUCGAGGAAGACCUCCACUCCCGAGAACAGCAAAUGCAGUCCGUGCUAAAGACAGGCCGGGAACUGGAGGCCACGGUGCCUCGCGAGGACGCUUCCAACAUCAAGCAGCAGUGCAGCGAGCUGAAGACGCUGUGGGAGUCCGUGCAGACUUUGAGCGAGCGCAAGGCGCAUAAACUCGAAAGCGCUCUUAAAGAGGCGGAAAAACUACACAAAUCAGUGAACAUGCUACUUGAAUGGCUUUCCGAUGCUGAAACUAAACUCCGAUUCUCCGGCCAACUACCUGAAGGAGAUCAGGAAACCCUGCAACAGAUAAGAGAACACGAGAGAUUCAUCCGCGAGCUCAAGGAGAAGCAGAGAGAUAAGGAUGAUACGAUUACUCUGGCUCAUUCCAUCUUGGGCAAGGCACAUCCUGAUGCUGUCACUGUUAUAAAACACUGGAUUACAAUCAUUCAGAGCAGAUGGGACGAGGUAUGGCAAUGGGCCAUGCAACGCGGCAGCAAGCUGGAGACGCACAUGCAGAGCUUGAAGGACCUCGACCUUGUGCUCGAAGAGCUGCUUCAGUGGCUCAUUGGAUUAGAGAACACCUUGCUGUCACUGGAAGCGGAACCCCUGCCCGAAUCAAUCGAGCUACUUGAAGGCCUGAUCGAGGAUCAUAAGGAGCUGAUGGAGCAUACUCAAAAACGACAGACCGAAGUCGAUCGUGUUUGCAAGGCUUAUCAGGUCAAGAGUCAAAGUCAGGGAAGGGAAAGUACUCCAAGAAAAGUUUCCGCCAAAACUGCUACCAAGGGACAAGCUGGCCGUGGAUCGCAACAUGAUCUCAACAGGGAAAGAUCAGUGUCACCAGAUUAUUAUGGCUCGAGACGGUACAGGAUACACAGUCGAAGUAGGAAAGGAAGUCGGGUGAGUCCCGGUCGCGAGACGCCUGAUCGCAAUCUGCCGCACUACGGGCCCCGGUUCCCGCCGAAGGGAAGCAAAGGCGCCGAGCCAGAAUUCCGCAGUCCUCGCGUGAAGCAACUGUGGGACAAGUGGCGCAAUGUAUGGCUGCUCGCGUGGGAGAGGCAGCGUCGCCUGCAUGAGCGCUUGGCGCACUUGAAGGAGCUGCAGCGUGUAUCCAACUUCAGCUGGGACGACUGGAGAAAGAGGUUCCUCAAGUUCAUGAACCACAAGAAGUCCCGUCUGACAGACCUAUUCCGCAAGAUGGACAAGGACAACAACGGCCUGAUUCCCAGAAACGAAUUCAUUGAUGGCAUAAUUAACACCAAAUUCGACACAUCUCGUCUCGAGAUGGGUGCCGUUGCCGACUUGUUCGACCGCAACGGCAGCGGACUCAUCGACUGGGAGGAGUUUAUUGCAGCCCUCAGGCCUGAUUGGGUGGAACGCCGUGGACCGCCAACAGAUGCCGACAAGAUACACGAUGAGGUGAAGCGGCUAGUUAUGCUGUGCACAUGCAGGCAGAAAUUCCGCGUCUUCCAAGUCGGCGAGGGCAAAUAUCGGUUCGGAGAUUCACAAAAGCUGCGCCUUGUGCGUAUCCUGCGCUCAACUGUGAUGGUGCGCGUCGGUGGUGGCUGGGUGGCUCUCGACGAGUUCCUCGUCAAGAACGACCCUUGCCGAGCUGAGGAGUUUAUGGAGCAGCUGAGGCCGAUAUUUGAGGCUUUGAGGCAGCGGGAGGAGCUCCCGUGCUCAUACCCGCUUCACGUCGGCUCAACGCAUGGCACCAAACAGGCCUUCAUAUACGGCCACUCCAGAUCUCAGGGCUCGACGACACCGGGUGCCCAUCACUAUACGCAUCACCAUGGAUACCAGCCUUCUCCAGGAUAUCAUUGGGUUAGAGAACGUACAGCACGAUCAGUACCGAUGUCUAGUGGAGCUGGUCGCGCUUCGAGGUCUUCUCUCAGCGCCGGUACCCCUGACUCGCUGAGUGAUAACGAAGCUGCCAGUGGAUUGGGAGCUAGAUAUAAGAAGCCUAGUGUACCAAGGUCAACUUUAACACCCGGAGGAUCGCGACCUGGCUCCAGAACCGGAUCAAAGCCACCGUCCAGACAUGGAUCAAACUUGUCUUUGGAUAGUACAGAUGACGUAGGAACCCCUUCACGUAUUCCAAUGCGCAAAGUGACGAAUACGCGGGCAUCAAUCGCUCGCGCUGCGGCCACUGCUAGUAAGCUUGGUGUAGCCACGCCCAAUGGCGGCUCUCGUCCUCGCACGCCUACCGGAUUCUCAACGCCUGCUAGCGGAAGGUACCACGGAGCGAUGUAUCGCACGUCCAGUAUACCGACACUGACACCGGUGCCGGCGCUAGUGAGCUCUACACAUUCCCAGCCGUCUUCGAUGGCAUCUGAACAUCCUAAAUCCAUGUCCCUUACUCAUCCUGCAUUCCAGACCCAAGGUUCGACGAAGAUUCCAGUUUACAUUCGGAAUCGUUCUCAAAGAACACCUUCCGUUGAAAGAAAGAAGUCGAAAAUACCACAUUCCAUAGAUACUUCCCAAAAUCCAAGUCCAACUUCCCAGUAUCCUUCGAGAAAAUCUGAGCAGAGAAGUCCUGAAGAUGAUUCUUCGCUAUUCAGUAUAUCUGGAAUGACGAGCGACAAUGAAUAUGAGAGUAAUAUUAGCGAGUCGAGUGGUGAAUCCUCGAAGCCAACACAGCGAGCUGUUAAAGGGAGCGGGUCAUUUGCCUCCACCGAAGGCCAAACGCCCGGCCGGAGCCGCAUCCCUGUUCUUAAGGAUCACCAUACUAACAAUAGUGCCAAUAGGCAAAGGACACCAUCAGGUAGUACGACCCCGGUGCGUCCAGGACAACAAACAGCAGUUUCGAGGCUGCGUAAAACGUCAGAUGCUUCCGACAGUGGCACGCCAACUACACCAGGGUCACGACGUGGUACACCCUCAUCGACAAAAUCUACAGAGAUAAAACGCGAACCAUUCCGACUUUAGACAUUAAAUAUGCCAGUCCUGAUUAGUUAAUUUUCUACAAUUUAGAAAAAAUAGACUAAUUAUUAUUUCACAAAUACGAAUUCGUAGAAUCUUGACUUUCAGGACCAUGAUUAUGUUAUGCAAUUCGUUUUGAUACUCGAAAAAUACAAAUACUAAACUUUUGCGAAUUUAUAAUCGCUUCGGCCAAAUUAACGUGAUACUCCAGAUGUAUGUCACCUUUUUAAACUAUCGAAAUUAUUUUGCGUCAAAACGAUUUGCAACAUAGCAAGCGCUGAUAUAUUGUAAAAUUACUAACAGACAUAAUUAACCAAUUCGCGAACUAAGCCAAGCUUAAAAAAAUGAAUUUGCGAAUGUGGCUUUUUAGUUAAGUGGAAACAAUAGAUGAUAGUAGUAAAACUUGAAGUCUGCACUUGUUGCCUUGUAUUCUUAUUUGUUUUUUACGAUCCGUGCAGUUUUGUGCACGUUGGGCUAUUUUUGUUUAUUUUUCGUGCUAACAGUAUUUCUCGUUCCGUUCAGUCCGCUUGAGCGGAUUCCAUACCGACAAUUUUGUGUAUUGAUUUGUAUAUUUUCCAUUUUAUUUAUUGUCAACGUUGCCAUAAUUGUUAAUGAAUGUUUUGUAUGUUAAAUACGUAUUGGAGUCUCUCUACAGAGGCCAAGAGAAAGUGUGAUUUGUAACCUUUUUCGUAUUUUUUUUCCUUUAGGGACCAUUUUGUUACGUACUAUCGAGAAUAGGUGAUUGCGUGCCACAUUUUUUCUAUCUAACAUUUCUCUUUUGUAGUGACGCCAGACUACUUGAGUUGAUAUCAGAAUAGAAAGUUGUCUCAUGUAAUCGGUUAAGGUGAUAAUAGAAUUAUGUAUGAGUAUUUUUUUGUAAUGCACAAUUAUAAACCUUUUUCUUUUUGGGUUCUUUUUUAUUUUCAUGUAAAGUUGGUUGGAAUAAAUUUGAAAAUCAACCUACACUUUACAUUAAAUUGUACAUUUUUCUAUGUAUGUGAUUUAUAUGAAAUGUUGUUUGCACAACUUCUUGUUAAUUGUGUUGAAAUCACAAAUUGGAUGGUAAUUAUCAGAAAAGUCUUCAUGACUAUCGCCAGAGUCUUGAAACGUUAUUUUGAUUAUACGCCCACAAAAUUGCUAAAAAUUCUACAAUACCCAUAGUGGAUAAUUUAUUAUUUUUAAGACAUUUAACUAAAGUACACUUUGUCGCAAAAGACAUUUACUUAAUAAAAAGCUAAGAAUACUUUUGUUAAAGAGAUAAAAAACGCUUUAUAAUGUAACCUUCCUUCAUUUAAAACGAUGUUAACCAACACUCACACUUAUCUGUUAAUUUUUAUUAUAAAAUCUGACUCUACGAUUAAGUCUUUAUUGUUAGAAAUAUAAAACUAUUAAUCUGGUCAUUUUUAUUUAAAUCAUUGUUGUAUUUGUAAUAAAUGUAAAAUCGAAGCAAAUAUACUAAAAAAGCUUGCAAUAUUUUGUAUAAAGAAAUGAUCCUGAAGAGCUGCAGUUUUUAAAAUCUCAU